AUGGCAGUCAACCCAUCUGCUAUCAACGUUAACGACCCGGGCCUUAUCACACUCGUCAACAAGCUACAAGAUGUGUUCACAACAGUAGGGGUCCAAAAUCCCAUAGACCUACCACAGAUCGCUGUCGUCGGCUCGCAGUCGAGCGGGAAAAGCUCAGUGCUGGAGAACAUCGUCGGUCGAGACUUCCUACCUCGUGGUACUGGUAUCGUGACCCGAAGACCGCUCAUCCUGCAGCUCAUCAACCGCCCUGCCUCUCCCAAAGCGCAAGCAAACGGCAUCAGCGAAGAAAUCCAGACGACGGACAAAGAAUCCAACCUUGACGAAUGGGGCGAGUUCCUCCACAUUCCGGGGCAGAAGUUCUAUGACUUCAACAAGAUAAGGGAGGAGAUUGUGCGGGAAACGGAGUCAAAGACAGGUCGGAAUGCGGGCAUUUCACCAGCGCCCAUCAACCUGCGGAUAUACUCGCCUAACGUCCUGACGCUCACGCUCGUCGACCUUCCGGGGUUGACGAAGGUCCCAGUCGGUGAUCAGCCAAGGGAUAUUGAGAAGCAGAUCAGGGAUAUGGUGCUCAAGCAGAUCAGCAAACCGAACGCGAUAAUACUAGCCGUCACCGCUGCAAAUACCGACUUGGCGAACUCGGAUGGGCUGAAGCUCGCAAGGGAGGUGGAUCCAGAGGGUCAGCGCACUAUCGGUGUGCUCACCAAGGUGGAUUUGAUGGACGAGGGCACAGACGUCGUGGAUAUUCUUGCUGGGCGCAUCAUCCCGCUACGGCUAGGCUACGUACCUGUUGUCAACCGAGGGCAAAGGGAUAUCGAAACUAGGAAGCCGAUUUCGUACGCGCUGGAGCAUGAGAAGAACUUCUUCGAGAAUCACAAGGCAUACCGGAAUAAGAGCUCGUAUUGCGGCACGCCUUAUCUGGCGCGAAAGCUCAAUCUGAUUCUCAUGAUGCACAUCAAGCAGACACUACCAGACAUCAAGGCGCGCAUCGCGUCUUCACUUCAAAAGUACAGUGCGGAGCUUCAAUCUCUUGGCGACUCCCUCCUAGGCAACAGCUCAAACAUUGUUCUCAACAUGAUCACAGAGUUCUCGAACGAGUAUCGGUCAGUGUUGGAAGGGAACAACCAAGAGCUGUCAAGUAUCGAGCUGUCCGGAGGUGCACGUAUUAGCUUCGUAUAUCACGAGCUCUACUCAAAUGGCGUGAAAGCCAUCGAUCCUUUCGACCAAGUUAAAGAUGUAGAUAUCCGCACCGUCCUCUACAACUCCUCCGGCUCUUCGCCCGCACUCUUCGUGGGCACCACCGCAUUUGAACUAGUAGUCAAACAGCAGAUCAAGCGGCUAGAAGACCCCAGCCUGAAGUGCGUGUCCUUGGUCUACGACGAAUUAGUUCGAAUACUGGGACAGCUCCUCACUAAGCCAACAUUCCGACGCUAUCCGGCGCUUAAGGAGAAGUUUCACGCGGUGGUGAUAGCGUUCUUCAAGAGGGCCAUGGACCCAACGAAUAAGCUUGUCCGGGACCUGGUAGCUAUGGAGUCAUGCUACAUCAACACAGGACAUCCGGACUUUAUCAACGGUUCGCGCGCGAUGGCGAUCGUGCACGAGCGACACAAUGCGGCGCGGCCGACACAAGUGGAUCCAAAGACCGGAAAGCCGCUACCGCCAUCUGUGCCGCCAAGGUCAGCGAGUCCAUCGCUGGACGGUGAUAACAACACGGGCUUCUUUGGUAGCUUCUUCGCGAGCAAAAACAAGAAGAAGAUGGCGGCUAUGGAGCCUCCGCCAGCUACGUUGAAGGCUUCGGGGACGUUGUCGGAGAAGGAGACGCAGGAAGUUGAGGUUAUCAAGCUACUCAUAACAUCAUACUUCAACAUAGUCCGCAGAACAAUGAUCGACAUGGUACCGAAAGCAAUCAUGUACCAGCUCGUCUCGAUGACGAAAGAGGAGAUGCAGCGGGAGCUGCUAGAGAAUAUGUACAGGGCAGAGGAGCUGGACGAUUUGCUCAAGGAGAGCGAGUACACGAUUCGGAGGAGGAAGGAGUGCCAGCAGAUGGUGGAGAGUUUGACUAAGGCUGCCGAGAUUGUGAACCAAGUGCAGUGA